GACUGGUUCCUUGACUCUCACACACCCGAGCGAGCGAGCGAACGAGAGAGGAAAGUCGUAUAUAAAAAAAAGGGGGCAUAGCUGCUCGUGCGUCGGUCGCUCGCGGUUUCGCGGUGUGUGCGCGCCUCUCCACAGCAGCAGCAGAGAGCCAAGUACGAUCGGACCAACUGGUACCGGCCCAACGGACCCAGCACUUCAGACGUAGGUCAGAAAGCAUAAAAGCAACAUGAGUCGGACAAUCGCGUGCGCGCUCCUCGGGCUGCUUCUGCUCCAGGGAAGCUUCGCCGAAGAGCGCAAGGAGGAGGACAGCAGCAUCCUGAACUGCGUCUUCGAAGCCGAGAGCGCGAGCUGCGCCAGGCAGAGAAUGGCCGCGGAGAUCGACAGGAUCGAGCUGCAGGUGACCGGAAGGGCCAGUGAGGUGCCCAUGAGCAAGGUCAUCGAGGAGAGCGGAAGCCUAUUGGCCGAUGGAAUCCAAGCGAUCUUCGGCCCCGAGGACGACGAAGGAGCAGCCGAGGACGACGGUGCCGCAGUUGAAGAAUCGCGUAAGAAAAAGUUUGGCAAGAAGAAGAAGAAGCACCUCCAGAAACUUCUCAUGAUCGGCAUGCUCAUCAAGUCCAAGAUUGGUCUUCUCCUGCAGUUGCUCUCGACGCAUUUCCAAGUCAAAUUCUUCGUGAUCGCGAUCCUCAGUCUGAUCAUCAACGCUGCUCGCUUCUGGCUUGACUUGAAAAAAAGCUACAGACCGUCCAAAGUAAUCUACUACGAGCACGCCCAGCACCAGCACCACUACGACCACGACGACGAUCACGGCAUCUGGGGCAGGUCUUCGGACGAAGCUCCCCAGGAACUGGCGUACAACGCCUACGCGCCUGAACAUUGAUAAGCUUCGAUCGAUCACAUCGAAGCUCGUUCGUUGCGCUGUUUUUCUCUGACGACAACGCUGGACAUGCUUUUCAAGUUCUGACAUUAAAAUCUCGGCUAGUCUAAUGUACGAGUUUAUCGCGACAGGUUUGCAGAGGCUCUGCUACAGAACGCAGUUUGUCCUUAGUUUUGUCGUUGAAGUAUUUGAAAAAGGAUCGAUUUUAUACAGAUCUGCGGGAUGUUGCAAGCUAUUUCUUAAAAUUAAAAAAAAAAAUGUAACGGAUGUCAAAUAUUUGUUAUGUACUCAACUAGAAUGCUGAGUUUCAAAAUUGCUCUCUUAUUAAUGAUCAUUCUGCUUUCACGGGUAUUUUUUCAUAAAAGUUUUUUUACAUAAAACUCUACGAAGCAUUGUGAAUCUAUUAUUUGUAAUACAAAAUUAUUAUAAAGAGUAGAUUCUUAGCUACUUCUAUUGAUUGAAAACCAAAGUAGUGUGUUCGUAUACCUGCUGAGACGCUAAGGCUAAAUAACAAUUUAUACCGACUUAAAGAUUGUGUACCUCUAACUAUUCUCUUUUUGAAAAUAAAAGCAUUUUGGCUAACGAUUGCUGUAGAAACAUUUUAUGAUGUUAGCAAAAUGUUGUCAUAAGCGCCAUAAAAAUUUUAAAAUCAUACAUAUUUAUUUAGUGCAGCAUAUAACUUAUUUAUUAAUUUAUUGUAGUAAUUGUAUUUAUUAAACUAAAAUGCGAUAAAAAAAUAA